AUGCUGCCUUUAUGGAAGAGUGUACCAAACGUUUCGAGAACUGUGAGCUGUAGAGCGUCACCCUUGGUUAGAAGAUGCUAUUACACUUUGAUCUAUUCCUCACUUCUCACAUUUAACUGAUUGUAAACUGAGUGUAGUGUUCGUGUUUACUAGUGUAAUAUUUAUACAACUAACUUAUGUAAGCUUAUAUUCGAUUUCUAGUGGUGUUUUUUUCAUCAUGGAUUUACUUUCACGGUUUUAUUUACUGUAGAAGAGACUAUAUGCAUAUGCAGCUUCUCCUUUGAACGAGCCUUUAUCGGAUUUACAAACGGGAAGUGCGGACCAGGAUCUUUCUCCUCAGACCGUCCAGGUUUGUCAAAACACUCUCCGUCAAUUGUAUCAUAUUUAAGCCCCCACUCCCCAGCCCCAGAACGAUUGACUAGGUAGUAAGAGUCUUUAUUUUGUCAGGAAAAAAGAAAGAGCAAAGCGUAAACACAUUUAACCUUUCGGAAAACAAACGCUAAAGGGGUACAGAUGCAGCUACUCGCUCUGAAAUGACCUGUUCAGACUCUGUACUUCACAUGAGCCAAAUCAUACUCAAUGAAUUAAGUUUAUGUGAAGUACAGCUUCUGAUUCAAUGUGAAACUGCUAACUGAAUUUGGAUUGGCUAAGCCAUUCUUCACGCCCUGUCUCAGCUGGGAAUACUGGCUGUGGACUGGUGGUUAUUCAGACACCAAACUUCUCAUGAGUUGAACCAAAUGCAUAAUGUAGGAAUGUACUGGUAAUGUACGUAUUUAACCUGAAAUGCACUUUUUUCCCUUUUAAAUUUCAUCUGGCUGGGUCCAGUGCAUUUAAGCAUAGUGAAGGUCUGAUUUUAGUACAGGCCACGGGAAUUGCAGCAUUUACUUGUACACAUGUGUAUAUUACAUGCAAUAUGGUGGAUACUAGCAAAAAAUAUGCAUGUAAAAUUUUACACAAACAAUUACAUGCAGCUUAAAUUACGUGUAAGAUGCAUGUGUUAAUCGCAGAGAAAUUUCCUCAAGCAAGCUAUGUGUAUUUUUUUAAGGGCAGAUCUAAAAGAAAUUGUAUGAUGCUAAUUGAUCACAGUCUCUUCGCAUUUAAAUUUCAAUAGUAACUAAUAGGUCUUGAUUCAAAAUGCAAAUUAUUUUGAAUCAUGUUUUUCACAUUCAAACCAGCUUUAUUAAUCUAUGAAAGAAUCUUUUUGUAAGUUAAAACAGAAAAGUUGCAGUCCACUUCAUACACUGUAGUCAGCAGUUUUCUGUGUGUUUUCUUUUAUUAAGUCAUUGCAAGACCAUUAUUCGGCUGACAACGGCAACUUUUUACCUGAUGAAAUUAAAAAAAAAACCAACUUUUUACCGGAUAUUCAUUGCAAAGCAUUUUAGUUUAACCAAACUGUAGAUACAUGUUUUUAAAGGUUAACUAUUGACGAACAAUGUUGCUAAUUCCUUGACAGCACAGGCUGAGGUUGAAUGUGGUAUGCUUUUAAAGAUAUAAAAUUUCACAUAAGCUUAUGUGUAUUUUGUCAAGUAUUUUUUUACAGGCAUGUUUUGCACGUGUAUUUCUCAUGUAAUUUGUGAGUAAUAUGGUGGAUUUACAUGCAAGAAACACUCGUGUAAUGCUGCAAUUCCCACAGCCUGUACUAUAUCUCACUUUGUCACUCGCUUCCAAGGCACUAACAUGUUUAUUAUCCGUGGCUGUCAUAAGUAGCUGAUAGCUGGCUUGUUUAGCGGGAUACUGCAGUAAAAUCAACUGGCUACCUAAAGUUUCUAAAUAAUAAGUCAAAUAUUACAAGGAGAAUUUGUGGGUGAAGAGACCGGCUAUUAAAAACGUUAAUGACAGCCCUGAAAAUCAAGGACUGUUUUGGAAUGUUUCUUUUUUUGGAAUGGGAGGGGGGGAAAUGUCGGUUUAGUCCAGCGUACUGUGCAUGUAAUUAGCAGUAUAGUUCUUCAGCUGAGCAUAAUUUUGAGAAUAAUAAGCUGGUUUCAUGGCUGAUGUAGAAAUGCAGUACUCACCUUUACAAGUAUUUGUCUGACCCUAGUUUGGUCUUGGGCCUAUAACCACAUUUCCACAGAUCAGUCUGCAUUUAAAGGAGCCUUCACACAGUAGAAUAUUAAUUUGCCACCCACUCAACUUUUAGGUUUUAUAGCAUUACAUGUAAAUAAAUUAAUACCACAGAAGUUUAGGCCUUUGUCUCUUUCUAGUCUGGCUAUCCUAGUAUCUUGCCUAUAAUUAUAAAACAUCUUGACUAGGGUGAUGUCCACAUGCAUCAAAAACCACCACAAUGCCAUGCACAGUUUACUUCCAUCCAGAUCCCCUUAGUAAACAUAAAGUACACAAAAGCCUGAUUACAUUAAAUCUUAAAUGAAGCUUGGGUUCUACUUACAUUUGAUUAAAAACAGGGUAGCCUGUGUAGCUGGUGGUUUUGUUAGGGAAGGGCUCAAGCUUCACUUCCAGCAAAACUGCCAGCUUUGUAAUGCAGGCUGGAAAAUGAAUAGAUUAAAAUAAUCUAUUUACAGAAGAAUGUAAGACAGCUUUUGGUUGGAAUAAUCAAAAUUCAAAAGUCACGAUUAUUUUUACUCACUGCAAUGGUUUAUCCAGAAUCAGUGUGCAAAGAAAGCGGUGUCCGAUAGCCCAGGGCUAGUGGAUUUUGCUAUUGGGCUAGUGAUUUUUGUCCUCAACUUGCUCGACAGGGCAAAUCAUGGAAGGAUUAUAAUCAAUCCUGCUAAUCAAAAAGGGUUUUGGGGCUAGUUGAAAUGACUUGUGGGCUAGUACAUGCUACAUGUACCUACAGCUUGCCCAAAUGGCAGGCUGUAAAACUGACUUUCUUUGCACCCUACAUAAGUAAUUAUUAAACUUAACCAAACUCUGAUAAUUACCUACUGUAAUUGUUGUUGAAUGGAUAUCUUUGAUUUCAGGCCCUUCCUAGAAUCUGGUUCUACUUUGGCCAAAAGCUGCAGUGAUGUUUAUCUUUUUGAUUUGCACCUGAAAAUAAAAUAAUAAAAUGGUUUCCUUUAAUAUGUCUUUCUGACAGGUUUCCACUUUAGAAAAUGGUCUCAAGGUUGUUUCUUUGGAAACAUAUUCACCAAAGAGUAGAGUAGGGCUAUUUAUCAAUGCUGCCAGUCGCCAUGAGAGCUCAAGCACAUUGGGGAUUACUCAUUUGUUACGCAAUGCUGCAUUCUUGGUAGGUGGAUGUGGAUUUCACAAGUUGAAAAUGUACUGUUCUGUUUAAAGAAAAAUGAAGGUCCAUGUGCAUGAAAUUUGCUGGGUUUUGUGGAAUUUCUUACCUGACUUUAUAAUAUUACGUGGGAGUCUUAAUCUGACGUAGAGUGUCCUUCAACAAGAAACUGAUGUCAGUAAAACAAAAAGUUAAUUUCAGUAUUUCCAUCUCCCAUAAACAGGUGGCAUUACUGAUUAAGAUACAGUAACAACAACUACAACGCAGAGAUAACAUAACAAUGGUCAUAAAAUUUAAUAACAAUGGAUACAAUGUAAUAAUUGUUUUAUUGUCAGUACAAAAUACUGUCAAACCUCCACCUGCAACCACUUCUCAUGAGUGACUGCCUAUCGAAAAUACAUUGGAACUUCGAUAUACCAAACCUCCGUACUUUAAAGUCCUUGGUAUAACAAAUGAUUUUCUUUACCGUAGUAUUAGUGUGGAAAAGAACCUUGAUAUAUUAACAAAACCUUGUUAUAGCAGACAAAUUUUGCCAUUCCCCAAACCCUUUGUUAAUUGAUGUUCCACUGUACCUAGAUCUGUUUCCCAGUCAAAGUAUUACAGUUAAUUCCUCUUGCAAGAGACUGCCUCCUUUAUUAAAGUAACCACCAUAUUCAGUCACUUAUGUGAGGUCCAACAGUACUCACAUACAUUAUACUUUUAACUGAAAUGAUGAAUUUAUGAUAUUAAUAUCCCUAGGGAAAUGAACAGCGGUCAGGAUUUAGAAUCGCAAGGGAGCUGGAACACAAUGGAGCUAGUCUUGAGUAAGAAACGCUAACUUGUUUUGUCAAGUGCAAGUUAUGGUAAUUAGAUACAUGUAAAAAGUUUGUAACUAUUAUUUAUUUUUUUUAUUACUUCAACAGGGCAACAUGCAACAGGGAGCACCUCAUUUACUCCUCAGACUGUCUUCGCAAGAAUUUGUGAGUUUUGUUUACCUAAAUGUUCAACUUUCUAACACACUCUUUAUGUGCUCAACAUAUAAGAUUUGAUUUGGUAAUUAUUGCAGGAGCAUCUGGCCCUGGUUGUUCAAAAGUUGGAUAGCGCUAUCUACUGGAUAAAUCACUAUCCACCAGGGCCCGGUUUCUGAAAAGCCAAUUAGCGCUAAUCGAGGAUUAAGAUUUUGUUCCAUUUUAUUGUUUUUCCUUUCUAUGUAUUGCUUAGAGAACACUUUGUGUUAUCAUUUCUGUAUCUCGGAGUAAAGGUUCAACGACCUUUUUUUAGCUCGAGUUGCAUGUUCUUAGACAAGAAAACCUUGUUUAACAACUGCGUCACUGAGUGGAGGUGCAGGGUUGUCAUUAAGAGCCGGGGGCCGGGGAUUUUCCCCGGCUACUAAGAGAGUGGCCCCCUGCUACUUUUAUGUGAAAAUAGAAGAAAAAUAGAACCACAAGAAAUCCCUAGCCGUUUGAUUACCCGCCUACUUGUUGUGUUUACCCGGCAACUUGAAAUCUUAGUGACAACCCUGGUAGGUGGGUGCCCGGGAUGUCCAGGGGCUUCCACCUUUGGCACGUCCAGCCCCUAGACAGAGUUACGCCCCCAAGGCUGGCAAACCCGUGCCCUCCAGCCAUGAGCCCCCACGCCGAUGGAACCAAGCACCUGUCACACUGAUUUAACAGUGGAAGAAUUAGGGGGGAGGGAUGGGGGUAAAAGAAUGAUCCAAAGGCUAAACGAAGAGAAAGUACUGAGCACAUGGAGGUGAUGCAAGCAAGGCUGACCGCGCUUGAGCCAAACUACUGACCGCUGACCACGCUCACACUCCUUGUUGUUAACUCUGUUUAAAAGUAAAUAUUUAUUUAGCUUAAUCCUGGGUUAAACUUAACCAUCUUUUGCAGAACCGGGCCUAGAUAAUUAGUACGAAAACCAAUUGGGUUUUUGUCCAGUGGAUAGCGCUAUCCACCUUUUGAACAACUGCGGCUUGGACUAUUAACCAGAAUGUCACAGAUUUGACGUCUAUUGGGAGCACUCAGAUUUUUCAUUCCAAUUAGCCUGUGUCACUGACUGAAAAAUCAACUGUUCAAUAUUAUUAUGGUACAUGACCUGUCAGUUGAAAUUGACAGGAUUCGUAUAGGUUGUGGAAAACCUGGAAAGUCAUGGAAUUUAAGAAUUUAAUUUUCCAGGCCUGGAAAGUGUCCUGGAAUUAAAUUGUCGGUCCUUAAAAGUCAUGGAAAAUUUAAGUUAUGUUUGAUAGAUUAGUUACUGCAGAUAACAAGGCAAGGACAAUGUAAGAUAGAGAAGAGUAAUUAAACUGUGCAAAUGGCAUGCAUUUUGGUUGACACCAGUGCUUGUAUCUGUUAAACUGUUAAAGGUACAAAAAUACCCUAAAACAAGAAAUGUUUUUAAAAUUUUUGAGACUGACAGCUAAACUUAAGGUCUUGGAAAACGUCAAAAGGUCAUGGGAAAGGUCAUGGAAAGUCAUGAAAUUUGAAGAGCUCAAAGGAGUACGAAGCCUAAUUGACAAGUGGAGCAAACACUUAACACAUUUUCCAUAUGACUAUUUUAAAAGAAAGUUGAUAUCUUGCAUUUCAUGGGAUUACAUUAAUUCGUUUUUCAGGGAGUCUGUUGUUGAUAAUCUUGCUGGAGCUGUAAACGAUCCAGUUUUCUACCCAUGGGAGGUGAGAAUGGUUAUUGAUUUCAAUCUACUUUGUACAAUGUCAUAACACUGAAGGAGGACUCCUAUAUGAAAGGGCAUACCAAAGAGUGUACCAAACUAUGAUUUAUUACUACAAGUUAGGUUAAAGAAUAAGGCUAUGUACAAAAUCUAUUCAAGAGCAGCAAAUGGGAUGUACAAACAUCUAAAAUAAAGAUUUUAAACAGUUCAUAAGUAGGUGGAGUUAUGAAAGUCUGGGGGAUAGGAGUGUUGUUGACAGUGACUAACAUUUCCACAAGCUAGGUGGUAGUCAUUUUUUUUAUAUGCAGGAUUGGCUUGUCCAAAAGUUUUGUUUUUACAUUUUAUUGAUCUUGUUUUUUUCAGCUUGAUGAAGCAGUCAAGCGUUUGAAAUUAGAUCUUGCAGUAAAGGACACACAAGCAGAAAUAAGUAUGUUUAUCACUUAAUUGCUGUGUCAAAGUCUAGACAGAGAAUUUUUGCUCAAACUGCCUAAAAUCAAGUGAACUACACUUAUUUUCCUUUGUUAAGUACAACAGUGAAUGCUAGUUUUCAAUGCGUCACUUGCUUGGACAUAGUUAUAAAAUAAAGUUUGUGUCUUUUGGUUAUAAAUAGCAAAAGAGCUCAUUAUAAGAAAUUUUCUUACUUAUUUUUGUAUUCAUUAUUCUUGGUGCAGAUGUUGUGGAGGAACUUCACAGAAUUGCUUUCAGGUUUGUUAGAAUUAGUGAAGUUUUGCUUGUUUGUGUGUGUGUAUAUAUAGGGGCUGUCAUUAGAAACGGGCCAUGGCACUUAAUUCAGCCGGUUACCCUUAGUCUGAUCAUUCGUUAAAGGCUCCUGUGAGCCAGCUCGUGGAUGAAUUGGAUAAGUGUAGAUAAGACAGUUCAAUAAUCGAAGUAAUACUGGAAACUUGUGAUACAGUAAAAUAAAAUAUCAUUUUAAGUUGAAAAUUCUGGUUCAUUCUUUGUAGCCGGAGACAUAGGCACUUAAUUUUUAAGUUGAAGCCUUAAGACCGUCAAGAAGACUGACAAUGUAGUUUUUUAGUAUUUUAGUGGGAUUUUGUUGUUAUUUUUAUUAUGUAAAGCGCUUUUGGACCAUUGGGAAUUUUUAUAGAAUGACAAUGUAGUUUUGUAGGUUUAGGAUUUUGUUGUUAUUUUUAUUAUGUAAAGCGCUUUUGGACCAUUGGGAAUUAGCGCUCUAUAAAUACUGUAUAUUAUAUUAUUAUUAUUAUUAUUAAAAGAACUCUGUUUGUUGUUAGAGCUGAAUGGGGCUUUCAUUCUUCUUUUGAGAAUUUUGUUUUGUUUUGACAGUUGUGAUGUAAUCCGUUUGAGAUACAACUAAUAGUUAAUUAGUGGAUCCGUUACUGUCGCUUUAAUAAUUUGAGGUCCAUUUAAUCGCAGCUAGGGUUUGUCAUAUUAUUAGCUUUUCACUGAAUGAAAUCCCAUUGUCAGGCGGCUAUUAUGCGAUAGCUCUUUCACACUCAAUAAUUGACUCAAUUAACUCAAUUAUUGAUCACAUCUUCUCCAUGUUAUUGGGAAGGAAUGUACAUAAAAAACUGGCACACAAUAAAUCAAUAACAAUGACCCUUGCUCAAUUUUAUUAUCUCAUGUUGUUUUAACAAUUCAGUGUCCAUUUUUCACAUAAAAUUAUAUGUUGUAAUUAAUUUUUUAUCUCAGGUAAUUUUUAUUUUUCUUUGUUUCAACUUCAUUAGCAACAUUACCAUACCCAAAAACAAAAGAAAAACAAAAAAACCUGGGCCUGGUUCCUGAAAGGCCGAAUCCAGGAUUAAAAUUUUGUUUCGUUUUUGUAUUAACCGGCUUCCUAUGUAUUGCUGAGAGUAACAUUUUGUGUUAUAAUUACCGCAUCUUGGAGUGAAUUAAGGCUCAACAGUAUUUUGUAAGCUUGAGUUGCAUGUUGUUAGGCAAGAAAACCUUUGACUAAAAUUUCGCUUAAUCCUGGGUUAAACUUGACCAUCUUUCGAGCAACUGUUCCUUGAGAUAAAAAAUUAACUACCGUAUUUUUUCGGUUAUAAGUCACACUUGGUUAUAAGAUGCACCCCAAAUUUUUCAACAUAUACAUGCAUCAGAAUUGGUGUUGUCAGUGUUCUUGGCCUUUUUAACUGUCCAUUAUAUGACAACCCAUCUUCAGCUUGCCACAAAAAAAAGUCAUCUACUCCAUGUUAUCAGGCAAAAAUAUAUGCCUUUCUAGUACUCGCUAGAAUCUGUCAAACAUAUGCGCAUAAUAUGCUUGGAACAAAACCAUUACUUAUUAGGGGAGGUAGGAGUAAAAUUAUGUUUAAUCCAAAUUUAAUGAAUAAAUUAAUGAGAGUCAAGUGAGUGAACGAAUGAUCGAGUGCUAUGGAAUGACUACAGUGUACAUCCAUGAGCUAAAAAUAAAUCAAACAUAACACUAAGACAGCUACUUUCCCUAAGAAGGCCAGUUACUAAAAACCUUAAUGACAGCCCUGUGUAUAUGUUACUAGUUAAUGUUUGAUUUAACCUAGGUUGAUUCUCAUUUUCCAAUGUCUGCUAGUCCUAGAAAACAAAGGAAAUUGAGAAUCAACCUACGUUAAAAAUUUUCAACCUGAAGUCAAAUUUGUCCCGUAACAUACGUAUUUAACAUUAGAAGUCAUCAUUGAAUAGGCUUAUGAGUUUACUACAAGUGUUUCUUCUCAUGAAGUUUUGUUUGGUCUAAAUUUCAGGAAGACCUUGGGAAAUUCACUGUAUUGUUUACCACACAGAGCAGGCAAAUUCACUUCUGAUGUGGUAAGAAUAGAACAUUAAAUUAGCUGGUAAAUCUACCUCUCCCUCUGUUUUGGUUUUUCCAGCUGAGAAACUGGUUUUAUCAAAUGUCGUUUCUUGUAUGUAUUAUUUAUAGGUGGUCAGUACGCCUUUUUUCCUGUAUUUACUCUCUGGCAACUGAAAUUUUACUCUAAAUUUUUGCAUUGUUUUUUUUUUUGAUAGUUGAAAAGCUAUACCAGUGAGAUUUAUGUAGGACAGCGCAUGGCUUUGGUCGGAGUAGGUGGGUAUUGAAAGGAAGUUGCAGGACUGUUUGUUUGUUUUUUAUUUUGUAGCAAAUACUUAUAAGACAUGCAGGAACUAUAUUUCUGGGUCCCAGUCAUUCAAAGGCCAUUAGGGAGCUUAAGUAACAACAACGGCUACAGCAAUGAGAAUGGCCACUGAAGAAGCAAUAGGUUUAUAGUAGCAAAACAUCAUGCAUCACGCUUUUUUGUGCAUUUCCUCGCUGUCUUUGCACAUCUACAACAUGAAAGUGCCUGUAAUUUCAUGUUUUGUCGAGGAUGGGAACACAAGACAAAAACUUCCUAUUUCUUUUCCCGAACUUUUAUACAGUCCUUUAGAAUUCAACUCAAAUUUGCCAACAUUUGAUGAAUUAAGCAAGAUGGAAUAAGUGCGAUAAAGUUUGAGGCAGCGUGAGUGCACUUUUUAAGUGAUGUUUUUGUAGCAGUCGCUCUUGUUGUUGCUUAAGCUCCCUAUUACAUUAUCACUAACCUAGGGUUAAAUUUGGAUUAAUUCAGGUUUCAUUUUUCUUAGUCAAUUUUAACUGAACAUUUUAGAAUGUCCAAGCUUGAAAUUGAGGACAAAACAAGCAGUCAUGACUAAAUUCAAAUAAUAUUGAAAAAACAAAUUCUGAAAAUAGCCCCUAAAUUUUAAGGAGGUGUAUUAUACUUGAGUUCUGCUAAGUCUCCUUGUAGGAAAGGUUUUACCAUAGGCACUUUUACAGUAACAAUGUGGAUUUCAAGAUGAAGGAAAUCUGUUAUGGUUUUCUGUGAUUUUCAAAGCACAAAGCUUGAUUCCAUUUAGGAUGUCAAAGAAAAAAAAGAAAGAAGACAGUUAUUCGUGUCCAUAGUGAUGAGCAAACUCUUUCAGCUGCUCCUCAGUGCCACUCCUCAGCCUGUGGCUUGUUCCAUGUCUUGUUAUUCAUUUGUCUAUCUGUAUUUGAGUGAGAUCCCUGCCCUGGUAGCUACAAUACAAGGCUGUGCUCUAAGGAAAAUUGUAAGGAGCCCAGUGCUCUGAUCCUAUAAAAUGUAUGGUGCCCAGCAUAUGUUUUGUAUGAAAAAACUAAGAUUUUCUAUUCACCUGAGAGCAGAAGGAAGGCGCCAGGGGCCACUGGGCUCUGUUAGAGCACAGCCGUGCAAUAAUAAUGAGCUUUUGAAUAAAACUUGUUAUGAUUCACUAAUGGUAUUUGGUGAUCAUUGUAUAGAGGUCAAACAAAUGAAAUUGUGUCUUUGAGAAGUCUAAAGGGUGACCACAUCCGUUUUAUACAGGUGUCUGCUAUAUACGAGUCAAUUAAGCAAUAGACCACACUUUUUAUUGGUUUACCGGCGUGAUAACCCACAUGGGAUGAUGGUAGAACACGAGCCAAAGGUGAGUGAUUUACCAGGUUUUCGAGUGUUCUCCCAACAUCCCAAUUGAGCUAUCACACCGAUAAACCCAUAGAAAGUGUGGUCUAUUGCUUUUAUAAAAUACCUUUAAAGCAUGUUUCAGUUUUCUGUGGGUUUACCCGCACAAUAAACCAUAGGUUUUAAACCAAUCAGAACGCGCAUACUAUCUUAGUUAUUUUAUAACAGUUAGUAUAGGGCAAGAUUUUGGGGGAGGUUCAGUAACUGCAAUUUACAGGUUGACUGCUAUAAACAUGGCUGUUAUAGACAAGUUUUGACUGUAUUAGGGUGUCCCUAGGGAGGGUCCCAUAGGUUUUCAUUUUAUACACUGUACAGGUCAAAAAGGUGUGACUAAACAUGCUUUGAAAUUUCUUAUAAUUAUCUCUGAACAGGUGUUGAUCAUAAUGAGCUGGUAGACCUGGCAAAAGGAGCAUUGUCUUUCCUUCCAGAAGGUGAAGCUGCACCUAAAGAAGCUACAAAAUACCAUGGAGGUAGGCAAUGCAUUUAGUCAUUGUUUUAUAAAACAAAAACUGUGUACUGAUAAUAUUAUUAUAUCAUGCCUAUAGGUUUUUUUAACCCAGUGUAAACGCACUAAACAGCCAUGCAUAGGCUGGAACGUUUUUUCACAUGAACUUCAGUUUUGGACAAAACUGUUGAGAGAAGUUAGAAGUUAGAAGUUAGUUGUACAGACUAACCAAGAAAAUUAGAGAUCCUUGCUCCCCUGAUCAAUCGCUCUUACAGGAGCCCUUCCAAGAAUCAAUUGAUUUCACGAAGAUGAGAGUGAAAAGCAAGUUCUGUAAAUAUUUCUAGGCAAAUACAUUGAAUAACGUGUUAUUGUACUUAAGCCAGCUAUUUUAUUCAAGUAGUUUUUUCGAGAUUGAGGGUGGUUAUUAUACCCUGGGUGCCAGAGAUUUUUUUUCUUGUUCCUGAUGGCUUGUGGCAAAGCUGCAACAGCAAGGUGCAGCAUUCACGAACCGAAGAAUCAAACGAUAAGUACAGAUAAUUUAUGCUAGAUAUUUCGAGAAUAGACCUCUGGGGCAAGGAUAGUAAUACCUUGAAAAUGGUGUUUAGUUGUGGUUCAAUUUUAUCCUUGGUUUAAAUUCUAUUUCCCUUUGUUUUGGGGUAUGGUUAUGAUAAUAAGUUAAAAACAAAGGGCUGAAAUAAUUUUAAACCAAGUUUAAAAUUUGAACCACAAUAUCUAUAAUUAUUUGGGUGAAGAAUGUGACAACAAAGUGAUUGUUAAAUUGGGAUGGCUAGUGUUGUCUGGUACUUUAUUUAAUAUUUAAUAAUGAGUGCGCAUUGGAUAUGAGAUGGUAGAUAAGGAUAAUGAUAUGGCUAUAAUCAUCUCAUAUCCAACGCGCACUUGUGGAAUAAUUGUUUUAUUAAAAACUCUCACAAAAUAUCGAUAAUUCUUCCCGACUUUGUUUGCAAAAACAACCGUUUUUCAGCUUGUUUUUAAUUUUGAGCAGAUGCGUGCAGUUACCAUAUUGGGGAGUAUGGUAUAAUGGCUCAUAUACCAUGAUGGCUAAGCCAAUCAGAGCUCUAGAAUUGCAUUAUCCAAUGAUUCAGUUUUUAAUAAUGUCCUGUAUUAACAGGAGAAGUGUUGACAUUCAGGCCUGGUCCACUUGUUCAUGCCAUUCUUGCAACAGAAGGACCCAGGUUAGUGGGUAUUGUUAUAACAUGCACACACUGCUACUGUAGCUUCAUCUGACUGCUGAGCAGCCAAUUUUCAUAUUUUUCCAGUCGACUCUAGUCAGUGCAACACCUCCAAGUGCCCAAAGCAUACCUGCUUACCAGUCGUUUCGCUACAAAUCGAUUCGAUGCAUCAUGUCCGGAUGGCGCUGAAAUUGACUUUCUGUAUAAAUUCAAAGUAGACAGACUGCAAAUUAUAUUAGUUGCCAAAAAAACCGUUUAGAAGACACUUAAUAUUAACUACAAACGGAUAAUCCUAACGAGUUUAUUACCAUUUCACUGAGUUAAUCAUCGAAAAUGAAAUGAACACCAGCAAACUUUGGAGCAGUUUUCAACUCUGUGGUGCAUCGAAACGACUUUACAACUUCGCGGCGAAACGACUUGUAGCGAAACGACCGAACACUGGAUGCCUUAUCCCUUAUUAUUUUUUGUAGUAAUACUUUGUAUAGAUUAUUAAAGCUGGUGUAAAUUUACAGAAGCAGUGUAGUUGCUCGCUAGUUUAUGGCAAUAAAAGAUAAUGCUUGCUUAUUUUUCGCUAAAAAUCUCAGCUUGUAAAAAUAGUUACUGUAAAUCAAUGUUCUUUCAGGUGGACUGUGCCCUAUCUAAAUGAACUUAUAUUGAAACUUUAUGUUUUCAGCUUUGGAAGUAAAGAUCUGCUUGCAUUUUCAGUGUAUCAGGUGAGGUCUCCCUCCAAACAAUCGUGCUAUAAAUUACGAAAAAGUGAUCACUUCCAACCGCAAAGCACCCGUAACGGCAAUGGCCGCUAAGUGCGUCCUACCUGCGAAAGUCAUCUCCCUUUAAUGGCCAUUAAUAGCGAACUAUGUACCAACUGAUAGAGCGAUUUUCGUAAAACCUUGAAAAAUGGUUUCGGUAAGUGUUCGUUAUUUGUUGUAUCAGCCAAUGGAUGAAAAGAUCAAAACGUGGACUCUUCGUUUUCCCGCCAAAGAAAACCCUAAUAUGGAGAAGGCAUUGUUCGAUUGGCCAAUCAUGUUGCAUUAUAACGUCAGGGCGAAGUAUCGAUUGAUUUCUAGUUCUCGGGCGUGAAGCCACGCGCGUUUGUAUCCAUUCGAUGAACCAAUCAAAUCGCUUUAUUUCCGUUCGUUUGUUGUUUCUGUUUUGUUCGCGCGUUUUCAUUUCAAGGUCAUACGAAAAUCGCCCAAAGCUCCCAAUGUUUUGUUGAUGUAUAUUUCGUUCUGACCAUUUGGGUUCUUUUAGUAAGCAUUUUCCCUUUCCCUCAGAAAUGAUAUCAAGCCCCACCUCCCCUCCCCCCCCACAACCGACCUGAAGUGGCCCAUGUUAAGCGUGAGGUUCCACUGAUAAAUAAUAUUUGCGAUCGUCAGGUUGUUGUUUUUGAAAUUCCUGUCUUAUAGUUAAGUAUAUUUGUGUUGUGAAAAAGAUACUCUUGGUUUCAAUGAUUGUUUUUGUCAUUUGAUACAGAAACUCCUGGGCGUUACACCUUACAUCAAAUGGGGAAGCAACGUGGCAACAAACAGGUAAAAAGUACCUCUGAUCAGGUGUUAUUUUUUCUCAAAAUUAUAAGCCAAAUUUUUGUGUGCAUGGCAGACUACCGCACACGAAGGGUCGAAUGACCUUUGUUAAUUAUAGUCGUAUGUGUUUUCGUCCGAGCGAGUUAAAAAAAUCGUGCGGUGCGCAUCUCCUCGCGGUAGGCAACGUGAAUGGUCUCUUGCGCAACUGAGGGAAACAUCGAAGAGGUUAUAGCAUUCAAUCCAUGCUGUAUGUUAAGUGAGCCUAAAAAAUAUUGGCGCAUACGGCCACAACUGGACGCAAAUCUUCAAAUACGGUCUAGUGGCGCAGUUCUAGAGGGGUUUCUAAUUUCAUGCAAGCAGGUGCGAAAUUCAUGCGGAGACGCGUUUUAUCCCAGGAGAGGGAUUUGCGUGCCUUCUCGCGUGAGCUCCCCACUCAGAUAGACGUGUCUAGGCCUAUUCAAACAUGCCAUUUUAAUUUCUAGACUCAUGAAGGCUGCAACAGAGGCUGCCAGUGGCGUUUGUGGAGUAAGUUAUACAAUUUCGGUGAAGAGCUUGUUUCUGAUAGUUGUUUUGAUUAGGAUCACAAUGUAUCAAAGGUUGCUCACAGAUUUCAUGUAGCCCAUCCUACCUUGAAAAGCCAAAUAAACUCCUACGUUGCGAAACUUUUGCCGUCGGAAAUUACGUAAGGGUAUGAAAUAUGCAAUUUGCGGAGGUAUUUUCUUAACUUGAUGAUGACCUAGUGUCAAUAACGUUUGCAGGUUUCUUUUUUAAAAUUUAUUUUUAGUUCACUUUUUAAACCUAAGCAAAUUUUAUGGACACCAACUUUCAGAGUUUUAUCCACAGACACUCAGGAGCAUCACAAGUUCACUGUUUUGAGCUUAUAAUUAGGAGGGAAAUGUGAGGCAACUUUGUGUAAGGAUAACCUAAUUGUAUCCAUUUUUACUGUAUCAGGCCUCUGCUUUUAAUGCCAGCUACUCGGAUGGUGGUCUCUUUGGAUGUUAUGUUAUUGCGGAGGCUGCAAUUGCGCCACGGGUAAUAAUGAUAAUAAUAAUCAUCAUCAUAAUUGUGUGGUCUUAAUACUGUCGUAUUUCUAUUUAUUUACAAACCAGCUAGUUUCUUUGUGAAGGAUCUGGCAAAGGAGUAGCCAUUGGGAAGUCCAGAAAUAACGUACUCCCUUGGGAAGGGGAGCAGGGGCAGGCAUAUGACAAGGGCGGACAUGCUUGUCGUCUUGUUUAGGAGUGUAAAUCGUAGAUUUUUGGUUUCGCUUCAAAUUUCCAAGACGGAACGCUGAUGUUUUAAAGCACAUGGGUAUAUCUCUUAGGGCUGUGUUUAAAAGAAUAAUGAAAAAAGACGAAGAAAAUGCGUAAAGGAGAGAGUUUUUUUGUAAUUUGGCUUUCUGUUUUAGAGUGGUACCUUUUAGCAGUCAAAUAAAUCCUGAACCACACGCAGAUUUUUCUCCUGUAGGAGUUUAAUUCCUCUUCCCUUAUAAACAUCUCCUCCUCCUUCACAUAGGAGCCACCCCCAGUGGGUUCAAAUAAGUUAUAAACAAAGAUAUCGCAGAAACCUUGCCCACGAAGGGACUACAAUAACAGUAUCGUGACCUCAUGAUUGUUUGCUACUUGUCGCAGCAACUUUGUAAUAUUUUGACCUUUUGGUUCCACUGCACUGUGACAAUCACUUAUGUCCAGUUGACUUACAAUGUUUCUGCAGGUUAUGAAAUCAGUUAUUGGCCAGUUCUCCAAGGCUUCUAAAGGAGAUAUCUCUGAUAAAGACGUAACACGAGCUAAGUGAGUGCCGAGUCUUAGUUACUCAAAGUGAUAUCUUCAAGGAAGAAUAGUAGUCGCACCCACAUUGUUUCCGAUGUACCUUGCUCCACAUUUUGGGGGGGGGAACUUUUUUUUUUCCGAAAAACCCAAAAAUUAGAACAACACGGUAAUUUUAUAUAAAUGCCAAUUAUGUUGUAAGAUAUCACCGGUAGAACUCUAUAAUAAAACUCGGGAGGUUACAUUUGAAUGGUUUUAGAAAUCAAUAAAGUUUUCGCUCGAAGCGUUCGCUUAACUGGAUUUACUUUAAAAUUAGCGAUGUUGUAAUAUUCGGAGGUGUACUCGGCCGCUUCAAGUCUUUUGUUUUUUCUUAGGCCUAUCUGCAAUUCCAAACGCAAUUUUUACCGUUGAUGGACUUAAUGUUUGGUGUUUUUCGUUUUUAAUUGACGCAGAGCUAUUGAUACACGUAGUCACUAAUUCCGGAGAUACUAAUAAAUGAAUCGUUUUGUUUUUUGGUCCUCGAUGAAUCAUGAAAUAAAUAAAUAUCGCAAGUUUUGUACUUUAGGAAUCAGAUGAAGGCGCAUUUGCUUAUGAACAGUGAAAGCCAAGAUACAUUAUUUGAAGAUAUUGGCUCUCAGGUGAGUUCUUUUAUUUACAUACCAAAUAAGAGAAUAAAUUCUAAGGCGUCUUCUCUUAUUUUGCUUUGAGACGUGAACUCAAGAGAUCGAUUUUCUAAUUCGUUUUUUAAACUUAGAUACAGUUCUUGAGAAUCAAAUUCCAAAAAUUCCAAAAAAAUUCACCUACGUUUCACAACUUGAACGACACGGAAUAAGAGCGGUAAAUUUUGAAUGAAACGGCGUGAAUUCACUCUUUUAAAGACGUUUUCGCUACCGUCGUCGACGGUGCUUCAAAUCCCUGAUGAUGAUGAUGAUGAUGAUGAUUUUUUAACAUUCUUAGGAAUAUUAUUUGUUAUAUGUUUAAAACAGUUUAAUAGUUUGUACGUUAAAAUGGCGGCGGAUUAACAAGCUGUGCGUUAUGUCUGUCUAUUGCUUUUAGAUACUAGCGAAAGGAAGUUACACGUCAGCUGAAGCAGUUGCCGCUGCAGUCGAUUCCAUUACAAAGAGUGACAUUUUGACGGUAAGGACACCGCUGGCUCUAACCCCCUUUGCUGUAGCCUUUUGUUCUGGCGCAGGUUUUUAAGAUGGCUUUUCAAAAUGGCAGAUAAGAGACCAGGAAAAUUCAACUUUUUCAUAACUCUAGAUGUAGUUUUGACAUAUGUUUAAAUUCAAGCGUCAUACACCCCAAGUAGGUUAUCUUAGUAGAUAAUCAAGCCUGAUGACCAACUUUUUGAACUGACGGUCCUGAAGAAUUUCCACUCUGCCUAAGCCAGUGGCAAGACAAGACACAUUAUUUUAUUUGGGGUCUUAUGCAAGCUGUUACGUCGACUGUCUUCCAAAUAAUUUAACAUCACAAUCUUCUAUGUUAAGCUGUUUAUACUACUACAUGAGAAAUUUCUGCAAUUUGAUUGGCUUAGAGCAGUGGUAUUUCAGCUUAAUUUGAAAUACCUACAUGUGAAAAUUACAAACCUCUUGCGGGUAGUAGUAUAAACAAAUAAUAGCAAAUUUGUAAUUUUGGCAAAAUAACACUCGUGAUGUUUCAAAUUUCACUCGCUUAACGGUUCGUGAAAUGUUAUAACAAUUUUGAAAUAUCACUUGGUGUUUAUGCAAAUACAUAAAAUCAUGCAAGUUACAUUUAUUACAAAUAGCGAUAGUUACAUACCCACAGACACAAUGACAUAUUUUGAUCUAUUUUUUGUCUUCCUUCUCGUUUCUUAUUGUAAAGUAUUCGAACACAUGCUUCGCUAUCAAUUUUGGGGUUUCAGUCUUCUCGUUAGGGGACAUCUGUGUUGGAUAAACCCGUUAAGCCCCAAGCCCGAAUAUCUGUGUAGAAAUUCUCUAAACUGCUCUCCAUACAUUUCUUCAAUGAAUUAGUUGAGAGAAUUUGUUCAAAGGUCAAUUCAUUUAUCUUGUGGGUGAUUACUUUGUAAGUUCUCCUAACGCUCUCUCUUAACUGAUAUUCUUCACUCUUGGGAGUUAAAGGGUUUGGAUAUAUUUUUGAGCUGUUGCAUUUUUUUUUGUGGGGGUUUUGCCCUAACUACUUGGCCACGCUCAGACCAGGGCGGACAACGGUUGGGCUAUGAAACGAGCGCGUCUGAGCAAAAAGGGUUGAUGCAGUGUUCUAGGAUCCAAUUAUGAGCUACAGAUCAAAAUGGGGGGGAGGAGUUGUAAAAUGUCUUAAAUAAUAGAAGAAAAUGACGAAAAACAUUCUUAACCUUUUGGAAUUGAACUUUUUGCGAAUUGACACUCAAACUAACAAAAAAACCGUGAAAAUGUUUCGCGUUUUGCCAGAGCCCAAGCUGUUUGAAAAGUGUGGCGGAAUACUUACAUUUAGCUGGCUUCAAACACAACAGAGGCGCAGAAAGAGCGCUCGUACCAAUCCUACCCCGCACCACACCUCGCUUGAAGAGCGGAGUGCUCGUGGUUUCAUCGCCCAACCUUUAUCCGCCCUGCACGCUACUGCCCGUCCUUCCGCCCCAUCCCAUAUCCAAAGUGAGUAACUUCUGUGGCUACCUCUUUUGUAGGUGGCCAAACGCGUCUUCUCUGGCAAGCCUACACUGUCUGCCGCAGGUGAUGUGUCAACAAUGCCGGGUUUGGAUGAACUCUUCUAA